CAUGCCUAAGCAUGGACAAAGUUUCAAAAACCAACUUGGAUGUAUAACAGAGAGUUUCUGUGCCAAAAAUCUCACUUCCGGGUUCGUACAAGUUUCGGAGAGUUUUUUUGCACUGACGUAGACGACGGUGGAACUCCUUAUAUGGGCAUUUCUCCCGGAAGAACGCGCCCGUGCACUCAUAGACCAGAGCGAGAGCGCGCCCAUCAACGCGCUUCAUUCGGCAGUAAUGCACAGGAUUCGCUCAGGAAGAAUGUCUCUAUAGAAAUGUGUUUUUGGUUGUGAGGGAAAGAUAACCUUGUUCAGCUUCCCAAAAGAACCCAGCGUUAGGUGAACAGUGGAUACAGUUUGUUUUUCCGGGGCAGAAACGGAGUUUCUCAAGUGUUUUGUUGACGUACGUUUUAUAAACAAGGCCCAGUUCGACGCUGGAUUUGCACAUCGUUUGAUGCUGAAAGAUGGAGCGGUCCCAGCUAUAAAAGAUCCCGGUCAUGAUUCAGAACUGCAGACGGUUGGAACAUGCUAAAAUGCAUGCCAAACACAAAGGGCAUGAAGCCAUGCAUGCAGAGAUGGUUCUCAUUCUCAUUGUCACACUCGUCAUUGCCCAACUUGUCCUGGUUCAGUGGAAACAGAGACACCCCAAAUCAUACAAUUUGGUAACCCUCUUCCAAAUGUGGGUGGUCCCUCUGUACUUCACCACUAAGCUGCACUGGUGGAGGUUUCUGGUGACAUGGUUCAUCUUCUCUGUUGUUACGGCCUUCAUCUCUUUUCGUGCUACCCGCAAACCACUGGACUGCACCACUCCAAGGCUUGUUUAUAAAUGGUUCCUCCUAUUGUACAAGAUCAGCUACACCACAGGCAUUGUGGGCUAUACUGUUGUUAUGUUCACCCUCUUUGGCAUAAAUCUUAUAUUUAGAAUAAAGCCAGAAGAUGCUAUGGAUUUUGGCGUUUCGCUUCUCUUUUAUGGCCUGUACUAUGGUGUACUCGGUCGAGAUUUUGCAGAGAUGUGUGCUGAUUUUAUGGCAUCUACAGUUGGGUAUUACAGUGCAUCUGGAAUGCCCACUAAGCACCUGUCAGACAGCAUCUGUGCCGUCUGUGGUCAGCCAAUUCUUGUGGAUGUGAGUGAAGAAGGAAUCAUAGAGAACACAUACAGACUGUCGUGCAAUCAUGUAUUCCAUGAGUUUUGCAUACGUGGCUGGUGCAUUGUGGGUAAGAAGCAGACAUGUCCAUACUGCAAAGAAAAAGUUGACCUUAAAAGGAUGUUCAGUAACCCAUGGGAAAGACCCCAUGUCAUGUACGGACAGCUACUGGACUGGCUGCGCUACCUUGUGGCCUGGCAGCCUAUUAUCAUUGGACUGGUACAAGGCAUUAAUUACAUUCUGGGUUUGGAGUAAUAGCACCAGCAUAGAGGACGGGCAUUCUUGACUCAAUCUGCGGGGAAUACAUCUUUGGUUUCACUGACACAGGGACACUUUUUCAAUGACUGAUGCUAAUGUGUUUUGCUGUGGUAAUAUGUCUUCAAAUGAAAUUCUAUGAGCAGUCUGAUGUUGGAUGUUUUCGUUGACAUUUUUCUUGUCAGACAUUUGUUUAUGGACUAUUUGAAGUUUGGACCUUGAGUUAUAUAUACAUCAGUAGUGUAAUGUAUAAAUGUUGCAUAUUGAAUGUCCAAUAUGAUCUUUGAAAUUUGAGUGCACGAUUUCCCAAAUGCACAUUUGGUUUUAUAAAAAUAAAAAAAUGGCAUAAAUGUGUUCUCCAUGUGCAGCUACUGUGCACAUGCACACUUUUAUUAGUGUGAGCAAAGUAAAGAAAGAAAAAAAAUAAUGAUUUAAUUUCAUAUGCAUUUAGAAAAUUAUUGAAUAUUUAAGCCACUCUUGUGAAUGGAGUUGAGCACUUAAAAUUAUGAAUCAUGAAAUUGUUAUCCAGAAGUAAUAAUGAUCAACAAUGCACACUUCACAAUGAUUAGCAUUAUAGACAGACAGUAUAAUGACAGACACUGCCAGACUUGUUAGGUGGUCAAAUGGUCCUUUGCCCAGUUUCAGUAGGUCUGAUAACACAGUACUAUAUAACCACUGCCACACACAGAUAUGCUGUUGGUGGUGGUGUGUGCAGGCAAGUACCGUAAUGUCAACUCCUCCUGUUGUCUGAAUUGCAUAAAUGUAUUUAUGCCUGAAACAAAUUAACUUUUUUGCCAGUGGGAAUGAAUGAAAAUAAUAUACUUCUGCAAAUAUGCAGUAUCCUGUACAAGUUUCCUUCUCCGGCAAAUGUAUUUUGUUUUACGGAUGUUUAGAUAUUUUUUUCUUCUUAGACAAGACAAGGAUACGGAGUAGGAGAAUGUAGUAUGUUGGCACAGAUGGCAUUUACAGUCCAUAUUAUCGUGUAGCGUUGAACUUAGCAGUAUAACAUCGAUGGGUUAUUUUUGGGAGGUGACAGGGUGGAAAAACAUUUAUGCACAAUCUUCCUCAGACUGGGUUUGACAAAGGGAAUUUGUCACAUACAUAUGGUGCACAUAUGGUUUUACUUCAAAAUUUGUGCUGUACACUCUUAGGAUACAAUCUACAGUUUUAUACAUGAGACCUCUGAUCUCUAGAAGAUUUUUUUUAUAAAGAAAAAAUAAUGUAUGUUAAUUCUAAGUAAUAUAUUUAAUGUACUUAAUGUGUUUAAAAAAAAAAGGUCCAUAUUUAAAAUCCGGGCUCCACUACUUCAGGAUGCUUAAUUUCAGACAUGCUAGUAAUUUGAAGGACAAAGAAAGCCUUCAUCGGUGUAUGUGUAUUUAUUUAAAUGGUUCUCCACAGUUUUUGUGGGUUUUUUAAAUUUUAUUAUUAUUAAAUGUAUUGCACUCUCUAUUGUGAGUAGUCCCCAGUGACAACAUAAGCGAAAGGUUAUAUGAAAGACUUUAUAAACAUGGAUUAAUAAUGUUGAUUGAUUUUAUAUAUACAGUGA